AUGCGCUAUAACAAUGUUGCCAACAAUCGAGUGGAUUCGACGGACGAGGAAGGCGACGAGGCAUUGGACGAAGCCUUGAUCGACCUCUGCUGUUGCGUGUCUUCUAAGUAAGUCACUUGUUUUUGUGUUAUUCUUUAGUGCAAGAUUGACAACAAUUGUGAUGUACAUUGAUUGUCAGAAAACAGUGUGUUUGCUCAGCUGGGGUCAAUUUUUAUGGGGUUUUAUUCAAGUUCGAACAAUGAUAUAUGACAUUUUAACAUGGAAAACAAUUUAAGAUACUUUACAAAAGUUGGAAAUAUUGUUUUACUAUUAUUUGUGAUUCACCAAGUUUUUAGAUAACAAAGCUUUCUGCUUGAUUUCUAAUUGUCUGAGGAAAUUAGGCGGCGAUAAAUGUAUUGUGAAUAAUGUCGUUAGUUGUUUUUGACUCAUCGCCGGUCAUUUUUCAUUGAUGUUAUCUUGUAGUAGUUUGAUUCACGGAUUCUUGUUCCUUGUUUUUGUCUUCGAUUUUUGAAAUAUUUUCCUUGUUUUUCAUGUUUUGAGCUGUACAUGAUCAUUAAAGGUUUUAACGAUAAGAUUCGACUUCAGAUCUACGUUCUUUAGCCUAAUACGAAUAUUAUUGUAUAGUUUUGAAACGUUUUGGGGAAAUAUAUUGUUAAUUGUUGUUGACACGCCCUCAGGUGAUUAAUUGCCGCUAAAAUCGGGACAAAAAUCGAAAAGAAAGUCAUUUGGCAUUUCCCGUAAAAAUUUUUUUUUUUGUAAAUUUGAAUAUUUUAGGAAUGAUUCGUGUUGCAGCAUAAUAUUGUCUUCGAAUCUCGGUCGGUUUUGCCUCGUCAUGACAGCAUUACUGUUUGUCUGUGCGCUGAUAUUUGGUGAGUUAGAAUACUUUGUUUUAUUUUGUGUUUAGCUUUCCCAACUGGCUCUAACAAAGUGGCAUCCGACGUACUUAUACCAAAAACUGCGCAAAACCGGUAAGUUGUUACCUAAAUUUUAUACUUUUAGCUUUAAGGAUGUAAAAGAGUAUAUUAUUCUUUUAAAAAUUUAAUUUAGGGGUAAAAAUUGUUUUAUAAACUAAUUGUGCUUAUGUUUUGUAGUUUGAGACAAUUUUAAAAAUAAUUUUAGAGGACAGAACAUACUAACAUCGCUAUGCGAAGAUUAUGCUAACCAUAAAUUGAGUGGCGAUCUAUGUCCGACCAUUUGUAACAAACGGAACUGGACCCUAAGCGACUUACAGACAGGGGCCAACAAAGUGGUACUAAAAAUAACGUCUGGUUCACAGAAUUUGGUACUAAAAUCGACCAAAGACACGUUUAGUCAGUUCGAACUUCUGGGUCCUGGAAUUGACGAAGAGGAACUUGUUAAGACUGUAAGUUAGCUUUUUAUAUGUAAAGCAAAUGAAUUUAAAAAAACUGAGCAUGACCGUUUCAGAUAGUAAAGCUGGUUAACGAAAGGAUAGGCUUUGAUUGGCCGGAAAACUACCGAAAUCAUCUAAUGAAACAUCUGUGGAAUGGCUACGAUCAGAAGAAGACCGAACCUCAACUCUCCCAAGCAGAUAGGGACAGUUUGUGGACUUUACUAGACCAGGACGAGUUUAUUACCUUCAAGUUACUGCCGCUUUCCAGAGUUACUACCAAGGUCCAAGGGAAUUGUGGUCAUUUCUAUGCUGUCGACUCUUUGUUGCCAUUCAAGAUGAAAGGCUACUACAUGGGGUUGAAGGCCAAGAUCCUAGUCCAUCUGAUGGGAACUCUGAAGUUGUUCUACGAGUUUCUGAAUGAACCGCUUCAGUGGUGCGACGUCAAAUUUGAAAACUUGGGUUUGUCUGCGAAUUACCCCAAAAGGUAUGGUUUCAUAUGUUUUUUAAGUAUUAUAUUGACAAGAUUUUCACGUAUUUUAGUAUAUUUUUAUUUUAAGGUAAUUUAUAAUGUCGCUAACUUGGUAGUUUUGGGAUUUAUUGAUGUUGUUUUAGGUUUGUCGUGAUGGAUUCGGACAUGUUGUACACAGAAUCUCGACUUAACAGGAUACUCACGUCAAGGAAGUGUAAGAAGGAUGACGACUGUAAAUACUUUGAUUGUCACGCUACGUGUAAUAAUGGGACGGGGACGUGUUCCGAGAGAGUCAAUGACAAUGUUGAUGUACGUUUAUAUGAUAUUUUCUCUUCUAACAAAAUGAAUGCACUUUUUUGACUGAACUGAUUGGGAGUUUAAUUUGAUAAUUAGCAUGCAUAUCUUGAACUUUUCUGUCGUAAUUUUGUUAAUAUUACAUAUAUUACAGGUGUUUUGCGAUAAACUGAUCACGAGGUUAUUCGGGACGUACUGGUCCAAGUCCAACCAUUACCUGUCGGCCUGCCACGACAAAUCAGGUAACAGAACCAAACGACUGGACGACCUUCGGCUAGUGUGGUCGUGGAGCUUGUCUGAUGUCUAA